AUGCCAGGCAGCCCAUCCCAGGACCUUGGCGACGGUGCGGUAACACCGCCUGCCAAUCAACCAGGAACUUUCGACUUCGAAAGCCUUCUGUCUGAAUUGACGAAGACCGAAAUAGGCGCGGACAGCCUCGCGAAAGCGCUGAAAGAUCGACGCACCCGUGAUGUUCUCAAGCAGCGUGGUGUCAAGAUCCAGGCCGAUGAUGACGUCGGUUACAAUUCGCUGCCCUUGGAGCUCCGUGACAACAUUCGGAGCUUCGUCAUUGCGGAUGCGCACCAUGAACACAGCGUUCUUCGAUGCAGAUGCUGUCUUCGGUUGGCCCCAUAUGCCUGCAUUGACGCGGAAUGGCGGGAUGCAGUUGAGGCCGUCACCUUUCAUCGCCUGAUCUUGAAUGGGGCGAACGAAGGCCUGACCAAGAACCUGACUCUCCUUGAACGCUACAUCGUGGGCAAUCGACGGAAGUAUCUCCAACACAUUUGUCUGCGCAUUCGCAACCUUGCACCAGCGAUCCGGGUGUCUCGGGAAGUUGAUGAACUUCCUGAAGAGGACAAGGUCCACACAGUGACCUCGCCCAUUCUUCAAGUGUUCAAUUGUGUUGCGCAGUGGCACGAAAGCGGCACAGGCAAUGGCAAUCUCCGCUUUGAAAUUCUGCCGGCUGGCCAGAACAACGGGGGAGGAAACGAAGCCCGACAGGCGUUUGCGCAGCGAGUGCACACAGGACUGGUAAAUCUGCCUACCGCUCCACAGAUCGUCUACUUCCGCACUUUGUUCGGGGAUGCCUUAGACACAAUAUCUAUCCUGGCCCUACUUUCACGUAUGCCUCGUCUCCGAGCCAUCGCGGUCUUGGUGAUGCCUAAUCUCUUCGAAUUUGAUCAGGAUAAUGAUUCUCAGAUACAGUUGUUCUACAACUCUCUGUCUCACAUCGCCCCGAAUCUCGAAGGACUGGAGGUCAAAUGCUCUAGCGGUUGGAGCCCGAGUAAUGAGCUUCAAGUCAUGUUUUGCACUGCUUCAUUCUCCUUCUCGCAGAGGCUUCGCAAGCUUUCUUUUGGGAAACUCACUCUACCCAUACUACGGACAAUUCUUGCCCCGUUUUCGACUGCGAGCUUCAAAUCCUAUGCACCACCGCCGCUGGCGUGGCCAGAUUUAACCCAUUUUACCAUCGGGGAAUUCCAUUUUGAGAUGGAAGAUGAAAUUUACGUCGCGAUCAACGAGUUAAUGUUGACAGUUGGCCGAGCCAUCAGAUACAUGCCUCGCAUCCAGCAUCUGGACAUGGCGAUGAGCUACGUUUAUCGCGUACAAGAAAACAACGGUAUGACAUUCACUCGCCGCGCCACCAAGAUCGCCCUCGACCUCCAGUCAUCCCGGCACUCCCAUGAUCACAAUCCUGUGGCAAAACUGUGCGUUACUCACUACAUGGACUCGGAUCUCCCUGAAGCUGUGCCUUUCAGAAAUGUGGUGGAUCUAUGGGAAAAGUCUCUCUCAUAUGCGGCAAACGCUCUCUUGGAGGUUCAGGUGGUUUCUCAGCCUCUCAUUGCAGUUCAGAGUUUGGGAUAUGAGACGUUGGAGUAUGAGGAACUUUAG